AUGGAUUUUGAUGCUAAUGAAGAUGCCAAUGGGAUCAGAUUUUCAUGGAACAUCUUUCCUUCCCCAGCCUCUAAGGUUGAAGUAGGUAAAAGUGUGGUUCCUACUGGUUGUUUAUAUACUCCUCUGAAAGAGCUGCCUGAAGGUCAGAUCUUACAUUACAAUCCAGUCGUCUGUUCGACUCCACAUUGUAAGGCCAUCUUCAACCCAUAUUGUGCCAUUAACACAAAUAACAACACAUGGACAUGUCCUUUAUGUCUUGGCGGGAAUAAUUUACGAACAAAUUACUCAAAUAUGACUCAAGAGACUAUGCCUAUGGAAUUAAUAUCUAAUACAGUAGAAUAUAUCACUAAUAAACCUGUCCAAGUUCCACCAAUCUUUUUCUUUGUUAUUGAUUUGAAUAUUGAAAAAGAUAAUUUAGAAGCAUUAAGACAGUCAAUAAGUACUUCACUAUCUUUAUUACCACCAAAUGCUAUGAUAGGUUUAAUCACUUACAAUAAUAUUGUUCAACUACAUGAUUUUUCCCCUUCCCCCAUCAAUAAAUGUAAUGUCUUUAGAGGUGAUAAAGAAUAUACAUUAUCUGACUUAACGAAAAUAUUGACUGGUACAAAUACUCCUAAUAAUAUGGGUAACAUUCCUAGUGCAGCACCAACUAACAACUCUUUAAAUAGAUUUUUCCUGCCAUUGGAACAAAUUGAAUUUAAAUUGAAUCAAAUUUUAGAAAAUGUUAUCGCUGAUAAUUGGCCAAUCCCAAAUGGUCAUAGACCAUUGAGAGGAACUGGUUCUGCCUUAAAUAUAGCUACUUUAUUAUUGCAAGGUUGUUAUAAAAAUGCGGCAGCAAGAAUUAUUUUAUUCGCUUCAGGCCCUGGUACUAUGGCACCGGGUCUAAUCGUUAGUCCCGAACUAAAAGAUCCUUUAAGAUCACAUCAUGACAUUGAUUCUGAAAACGCUUCUCAUUAUAAAAAAGCUUGUAAAUAUUACAGCCAAUUGACGGACAGGGUUGUGGAAAAUGGGCACACAGUGGAUAUAUUUGCUGGUUGUUAUGAUCAAAUUGGUAUGUCAGAAAUGCAAAAAUUGACAGAUUCAACUGGUGGUGUCUUAUUAUUAACAGAUUCAUUCUCAACUGCCAUCUUCAAACAAUCAUAUCUAAGAUUAUUCUCUAAGGAUGAAGAAGGUUAUUUGAAUAUGGCAUUCAACGGUGAAUUAUGUGUUAAGACAAAUAAUAAAUUAAAAUUACAUGGAUUAAUUGGUCAUGCUGCUCCAGUUAAAAAAACAGAUGCAAAAAAUAUUAGUGACACUCAAAUUGGUAUAGGUGGUACUUCUACAUGGAAGAUGGCCGCAUUAUCCCCUCAUCAUACGUAUGCCAUUUAUUUCGACGUUAUGAGUAUGGAUGUUGCCAAUGGUAACGCUAACGGUAAUGCUAUGAAUCAACAGCAGAGUCAAGCGUUUAUUCAAAUCAUAACAAACUAUCAGCAUGCUUCUGGUUAUCAUCGUACUAGAGUCACCACUAUUGCUAACAACGUGUUAGCUACUGGUACUGCACAAAAUCAACAAAUUAUGUAUUCAUUUGAUCAAGAGGCAGCAAUUGUGCUCAUGGCUAGAAUUGCUGUAUUUAGAACAAAUUUUGACGAUGCAUUAUCAAUUGCUAAAUGGAUUGAUACAACAUCUAUCAAAUUUUGCAAAAUGUACGCUGAUUACAAUAAAAAUGACCCAGAAUCUUUCCGUUUGGCAGCUAAUUUUACCUUAUAUCCUCAAUUUAUUUACUAUCUAAGAAGGUCUCAAUUUUUAAGUGUCUUUAAUAACUCACCUGAUGAAACUGCCUUCUAUAGACAUAUAUUCACAAGAGAAGAUACUACUAAUUCAUUAAUUAUGAUCCAACCAACGUUAACUUCCUAUUCGAUGGAAGAAGAUCCACAACCUGUAUUAUUAGACUCUAUUUCAGUUAGACCAAAUACGAUAUUACUAUUGGAUACAUUUUUCUUUAUAUUGAUAUAUCACGGUGAACAAAUAGCACAGUGGAGAAAAGCUGGAUAUCAAGAUCAACCAGAAUACAGUGAUUUCAAAUCUCUCUUAGAGGAACCUAAAUUAGAUGCCGCAGAUAUCUUAGUGGAUAGGUUCCCAUUACCUAGAUUUAUUGAUACGGAAGCGGGUGGAUCACAAGCAAGAUUCUUACUUUCCAAAUUAAAUCCUUCAUCACACUAUCAAAAUGGGAAUCUAAAUAGCGCUACUGUUGUCUUGACAGAUGAUGUCUCUUUACAAGAUUUCAUGAUACGUAUACAAACUCUAACGGUUGAAAGUAAAAACUGA